AUGGGCAAACAGACUUGGAGAAAGCGCCAAAUCCCUGAUUCGGAUGAGGAUGUUCAACCUCCACCACGUCAUAUACAGCGGGCUGGCGCUGGCGCUGGAAGAGUGCUUUCUCAGUUGAGGAAGGUAGGAAACACUAUCGAGACUCCGGCCAGAGUGCCCAACGCGAAGGCUCAAAAUGUUGUUGUCCCUCCAGAUGAGCCUGAAAAUGCAAUGGCUCCCACAAAGAAGAAGGGGAGAGCAAAAGCGUCUCAGGAGAACACCAUAGUAGAGACGUCAAACCCAGCCAUUACAGGUCUACCUGCUCUGCACAUCGCAAACAGCAGAAGAUUCAGAUUGCAGGAUCAGCCGAUUCCCUCGGGAUAUGUCAGUUCCAAGCCACUCCUGCAGUCCCAUCAAACCCUUCCUGAGCCUGACUCAAUGACACCUGUUGUCCAGGCCGGCAUCAAUGCUCGUACUCGUGGUGUUGCUCAUGGUGUCGGUCAUGGUGCUGUUCGUGGUGAUGUUGCUUGUAGUGCUGGUGCUCCUCAUCGUGAUGGUGCUCCUCGCCGUGACGGUGCUCCUCGUCGUGAUGAUGCUCCUCAUCGUGAUGGUGCUACUCAUGGUGCUGGUCGUGGCAUCUCUCACAGUGACCAUCAGUCUGACAUAGCUCAUGUCCCACUCAGUGGCCAUACUAUUUCUCAUUCUCCACGGGUCAGCAACCAACGUCCAAAGUCGUUCAUCAUGGCACCCCCUGCCCUUCCUGAUAUUGCUUUGUCUGCAAGUCACUUGUUUGCUGACUCAGAUGAUGCUAGUGAUGGGGCGGACAGGGAGAUUGAUGAAGACAGAAUAGGUGAUGAAGACAGAAUGGGCGACUGGGACGAUGAAGAUGGCAGUAUGGGCCUCGAUAAACAAGACAUCGGCAUCGAGGAAGAAGAUAUUGAUGUCGAGCAAGACAUUGGCAUUAAAAGCAAUGACGAUAACCAUAUGGAUUACGCCGACUACAGGGAUGAAUAUAUCACGCAUGCCUUGGAUCACAAUCACCAGGCCAAUUCUGGCCAUCGUCAGGCCAGACGCUCUGCCACGCCAGUGCCUGAUCCAGGGAUGGAGGACGAGGACUUCGACGACACAGCAUCAGCCCGCAUGGACCACGACCAGCAGAACCGUGUCCAGCACCACCCAGGACAAGCAGGGAAGAAGGCCAACCGGAACAGGAAUGUGGAUAAAGAUCGCUGCCAGCAAGGCACAACCAAAUCAGCUUGUUCAAAUGCUCUGACCAUACCUGAUACUGAUUAUGAUCUCCUUCAACUUCACCAUACGAUGAACUGUCGCCCGUGUUCUCUGUCCCCUGCCUACUUAAAUAGCAUUCGAAACCAACACCCGAAGUCUAAGCGCGCUCGCACAGGUAAUUCCUCAUCAAACAAUACUGACGAUCGGCAUGAAGACUCAGAAGACGAUGAUAUUAAUACUGGCAGGAAGCGCCGCAAUGCCAAGAAGAAGGGAGACACUGCCAACCCAACUACCCUCAGUUCCUUUCCACACCUCUGGGGAAAACUUCUUGACUAUGCCAAGGCCAAUUUCAGGCUUUAUCUCACUAUUUCAGUCCCAUUCCCUACAAAAGAGGACACCAUUUCUGGUGUAUGUGGUGAAGCAAUUACGGAAGCAAUUGUAUACUGGCAAGACCAAAAACGCCAAGUUGAGAAAGGUUACUACCCAAAAUACAAAAGAGAGAUGGCUAUCGUGGUUUAUAAUGAUGCAGCGACCUUCCGAAGCCGGAUCAAACAAGUUGCACUUGCCGUCGUCCCGAUCGAAUAUGGACUUGCACUUGUACAGGGAAACACCAUUGCAAACAUCAAAACAAAAGCGAGUGAUCUAUUGAAGAGGACGAAGUUUUUGCAUGGUGAUCGUGAUGACGAGGGUCGCGCAUCAAAUUUUGCCCACAAUGCACUUCGAAUUGUCUGUCACAAGGCAUUUUAUGAUAGCGGGUCCAAAUCGUUAAGGCAAUUCCCCGCAUUUCAGAAGACCAUUCCACCCAAAGCUCUCAUCCUCGUUGCAACCAUUGUUCGAAAUGUUCUUGAAAUCUACUCUAAGCAUGGCCAGGUGACUGGUGCCAUUAGCAAGCAGACAGCUAUUCCAGAUUCGGAAGCCAGUUACAAGUCGAUCUCAACGUUGUAUGAGUGUGUCAACAAGGACUCGUAUCACAGUCCAAAGCUCCAUCAGAUGUUACAAUCCUGGGCUGCGGAGGGCUUGUAA